GACAGGGGCGUAUUUACCACAAGGCAAACAAGGUUCUUGCCUAGGGCGGCAUUUUUCAGAGGGGCAGCACCUCCCCCCAGAAGAAGGGAUGGAAGAAGGGACACGCGCACCCUGGGAACCAGGUGGGAUCCGAGAGAGGCUGAGGGCUGCUUGAUGGUGUGUGUAGAGCCUGACUCUCGUUCCGGGGAUGUCCAGAGCUGUGAAGAUGAAUGUCUCUCUAUCACUGGGGGGAUUUGUGGGGGCAGUGGUGCUGUUGUAGGGGAAGGGGGGGGGUUGGGUUGGUCGAUGUCUGUGGGG